AUGUCCGACCUAAUCACGAAUGUGGACCAUAGCUGGUCUCGUAAAGUGAAAGAUACGACCGGACAGUACAGCUCACCCAUUUCUGCACUUUCUGACACCCUCAGAAACGAAGGCUUGAAAGCAUUUUAUAAAGGAACUUUAGCUCCUUUGAUUGGAGUUGGAGCUUGCGUUUCUGUUCAGUUUUACGGUUUUCAUGAGGCAAAAAGACAAAUAUUGAAACAUAAUCCCAAACAGCACGACUUGACUUUGGGGCAAUUCUAUGUUGCUGGAGCAUUUGCUGGCAUUGUCAACGCUCCAAUAACCUCCCCUGUUGAGCAAAUCAGGAUUUUGUUACAGGUGCAAAAAGACAAUCUAAAACUGUACAAUGGCCCCAGAGAUGCGAUAUCAAAAAUUUACAAACAAGCUGGCCUAUUAAAAGGGAUUUUCAGAGGGAGCAUGGUGACCUUUUUGCGAGAAGCACAAGCGUAUGGUGUUUGGUUCCUGACGUACGAGUUUCUGAUCAGCAAAUUCAUCCAAUUCCAUAAAACUGAACGUCACAACAUUUCAACAAUGGAACUUCUUGUUUGCGGCGCUGUUGCUGGGGAUGCUUUGUGGAUUAGCUCUUAUCCAUUAGAUGUUGUGAAGAGUCGGCUACAAAGUGACGGAUUCGGAAGGACCUCGCGGUACAAGGGCUCUGUUGUCGAAGUCGCUAAGCACAUUAUGAGACACGAAGGACCUUUAGGCUUUUGGAAAGGAAUCGGCCCUACCCUGCUAAGAGCAAUACCUUGUAGUGCCGCAACAUUCACAACUGUUGAGUAUGUUUUGAGGCUUUUAGACUGA